GAGCGUUUCCCCGUGCGGAGCAUGAGCGCGGCGGGCGGCGGCAGCUCCGGGAGCCCGGGGGCAGCGCUGCUGCUGGCGCUGCUGCUGGCGCUGCCCGCAGCCCUGAGCGGCUGUAGCUGCGCCCCCGCGCACCCGCAGCAGCUGCUGUGCGAUGCUGCCCUCGUGAUCAGAGCAAAAAUAUCCAGUGAAAAGGUGGUUCCUGCCAGCGAUGAUCCCCUUGAUACCCACAAAAUGAUCCGGUAUGAAAUCAAACAAAUAAAGAUGUUUAAAGGAUUUGAAAAGCUCAAGGAUGUCCAAUACGUCUACACCCCUUUUGAUUCAUCACUCUGUGGAGUGAAGCUAGAAGCCAACAACAAAAAACAGUAUCUUCUAACAGGCCAAAUUUUAAGUGAUGGCAAAGUGCUGAUCCACUUGUGCAACUACAUUGAGCCGUGGGAUGAUUUAUCCUUGUCUCAGAAGAAGAGCCUGAACCAGAGGUACCAGAUGGGCUGUGGCUGCAAGAUCACCACGUGCUACAUGGUGCCCUGUUCCAUCACGGCCCCCAACGAGUGCCUGUGGACAGACUGGCUGAUCGAGAGGAGGCUCUAUGGGCACCAGGCCCGCCACUACGCCUGCAUCAAGAGGAGUGAUGGCACCUGCAGCUGGUACCGAGGGGGGCCUCCCCCCGAGAAGGAAUUCAUCGACAUCAGCGAGCCCUGAAGCGCUCUCCGGCCCUGCAAACGCGACCCUGGGGGGCUCAUUCCGCCCAGCGGCUCUGAGCUGCCGUGGUCUCGCCUAUCUUGCUUAGAAACAAACACCAGUUGUCCCCAAAGAGUCGGGGGGUUGGCGCUGGUGCAGGACGAGGGACAAACCUCCUGCUCUGCUCUGCUGUGCUUUGCACAGAGGGCUGGCACUGUCCUCCAAGUUCCCUUUUUGCCAAUAUGAAUGUACGAGAACAAAAGAGUUGCCAGAAUUUUGCCCCACCCCCCCAAAAUUUGAUAACCUGCAGAUUAAGAGCUCCCCGUGUUUUAUUCCAAAUCUUUCCGAUGAACUGCGGAAUGUUUUAUAGAACUGUUUCUUGGGGUUUUUUUCUGUAUGAAAGUCUUGGAUACGAAAGAAUUAUUGUACAGUGUAUAUGUAAAGUAUUAUAACAAUGUGCUAUUAAAAAAAAAAAAAGGAUUCAUAAAUAUCUCCUUAUCUGUCAAAACGAGUUGAACACUUCUGUGAUUAAAACAAUCUGUGCUCCACAUUUUGUAUGCUCCUUAUGUCACAGCUUCCUUUACCCACAGAGUUGUAACUUCCAUCGAUAGAUAAAUUAAGAAACAGCUUUGAUAAUCAAAACCCCCUUCCCAAGUCAGCAUUCCUAUGGACUAACCAGAGCUUGCUGAAGGAAAAGCCAGAUUUUUAAGCAUUAAUCCAUGGAUUUUAGCAUUCCAUGGAAUAAGUUCCAAACUCAAAUGAUGACAGGCUCAAAGUGCUCAGAACUACAAAAACCAUGUCCAUCCUCAGGGCAGCUGCAGCCCUUAACACCUCCCUAAAUACAUGACCAGGUAUUUGUACCCCAGCACUGUUCAAACUUUAGAAACUCAUGUGAAAGUACAUGCAAUAAAUAUUGCCUAGCUUACACUGCAAUGAUUUCUGGAAGCUCCCAGAUUUUUGACCCUGUAUAAAAGGAUUGAAUUAGUUUUAUUCACGAGCACCCACCAUACUCUGUCAGUGAAUUUGGCUACCUGUGAACUCAAACUAGAGAAGGGUUACAACACAUUUUGCCUGUAACUUUUUUCGUGUCUUAACUUUCCCAAAUUGGUGACUGGAGUUAGUAACUAAUCCCUCACACACGUUUUUAAGUAUAUAAAAGUAACUCAAUUCACAGUGGUGAAACUUUGGGAAGUGUAAAUGCCAAAGUUCAGACUAUUUGUGCCCCACAAGAAAGGGGGAGAGCCCUUGGGCAGGAUGGGAAUCUCCAGUAGCUGCCCUUUUUGACAGACUUUACUACCUACAGGAUAGGAUAUGCUCUUCUGAGAAAAAAAGAUUUCUUUUCUCUGCAAUUAAGUUUAUGCAUUUCCAGUGAAAUGCAAAUGGUGCAAGGCCAACAGGAAAACAUGUCACUAUUACUUCGAGGAAUAUGUGUCCCGUAAUAAAUAAAAGCCAAUGUUUCACUUUUGAUCUACUGUAAAUCAGUCUAGCUGACAUCUAACAAGCCCAGCUUGUUUUCUGCUUUACUCAAAUCAAAAAUUUCCUAACACUAACGCUUUGGAGCAUAGACUUACAUAAAUGAAACAAAAAGAAUGAGAAACUACUUUUCUUCCAAAAAAUAAUUGAUAUUGCAGUGACGGUAUUGGCAGAGCUAUUUACUGACAGUGCUGUACAUUUCUAUUAUGAAUUUUCAGAAAGAUUCGAAGCCAGGCCUUAUUUCCUCAUAUCAGGUCAAACCAAUUGCUAGAGAAGCCCACAGAGCUUAAUAACCACAAAGGUUAAUAUUCAGUGGUUAAUAAAUAUUCAGUACCAGUUCUGUAGCAUUUGUCUCCAAAUCCAUUUUGAUGGGAUGGUGCCUUUUGGAUAACACUCUGCAGCAAGCAGAUGUUUUCUGCUUUUUAACUCACCAGAGCUCUGUUCCUAUUUCAGUUUUAAAGUAAUUAGACCUUAAACUCAGCUCACCCAGCCCAGAUUGCCUUCUCUGUCCACUUUGCACAAAAAAACGCUUUCUCUGAUAUUUAGAAAUAAUAAAUUAUUAUUUCUAACUAUCUGUUCUGGACAGACUGUAGUGCAAAUUAGUUUUAAAAACAUUUUCUAUUCGUCCUGCUAUAAAAUAUCCCACACAAGAUGCUUCACAAUUAAGGUCUGUCUACUUUGAUUUCUGGCUGAGCAGAAAUCUGCCCAAACUUCCCACAAGGGAUGGUACAAAGAUUAUAUUUAUUUCUUUUUUUCCUCAUAUCAAUAAAUGUGGCAACAAGAGCUUUACAAAACCCCAGCUCAGAAUGAGAUUUUAUUUUCCCUGAGGAAGAUUCUCAAAGGGCUUGACUACAACAUGGCAUUCUGAAUAUGUUAUUUCAAUAUCAGCAUUUUUACUGUAGUUCAUUGAUACCUUAUCAACAGCAGAUUAUUUUCACAACAUUUUCUUUUUACUUCUUGAAACCGUGCUUGUGUUACAUGAGAGGGUAGAGCAGAAAUACAGCCUGGCACAAAUUUGACUUUAAUUUGAAAAUGGUUCACAUGACUUUUGAUAAGAGUAGGGAAAACAAGAGAAGAGGGAGACUGUAUAGGUGAACAGGGGGAAAAAAAAUCCACCACCUGGAAUAUUGCUGGUGUUUCCUCAACAUUCCAGUUAAGUUUUAAUUAAAUUGUUCAGCAAUUACGUUGAAAAAGUCCUGUUGUUUUUGCAAAGAACAGAAGAGGUGGGAAUGCAGUGAAAUAAAGGGAACUAAUUACUGAGGGAAAGGCUGUAGAUAUGACUCAACCAGCAAUGAGUUCAAAAGCCUCACAGUGUUUUUUGUAAUCAGUCUGGGAUGAAUGUUUCUGUUUCAAAAAGUGUUUCAUUAA